AUGAUGGCUUUUGAUUUAGAAGAAAUGAGAAAGAUUGCUGAGGAUGAAGAGAAAUUGGGCUUAUUGGCAAAAAUUGCGUUUGAAAGACUAGAUGCUAAUAGAAGGGGAUAUUUAGCCAAAGGAGAUAUAAGAUCCUUAUUUCAGGAAGUUUCAGAUGAGAUUGAGCUGCCCAUAAGUGAUACAGAUUUAGAUGAAAUUUUUGUUGAAAUUGAUGAAAAUAGUGAUAGCAGGGUUUAUAUGGAUGAGUUUAAGAAAUUCUUAAGAGAAAUGAUUAUAUACUUAGCUAAUAAGAAUAAUAAUUUGUUUUAG